UGUGAGGGAGCAAGCUUCCUGCCUUGCAAAGCACCUGUGAGUGCUCUGGUGCAGGUGCUACAAGUAGGAGCCCUGGUUGCUUGUGGUGUAGGUGGAGGUCCAGGGUGGUUUACAGCUGCUGCUCCUCUCCUGCAGGCAUUAAGACAUGAGUGCUAUGACAGUUACCUCUAUAAAUGCUUUAAUGGAACAGUUGUAUCUAAAAUAUCAACAAAAACCGUGGACUGAAACUCUGAAACUUGUCCAUUUUUGCAUGGAUAAGCCACUUCGAUGUCCUGUCAGUAACGAUCCAGGCAGUCCACUGCUCUUGUGCAUGGAGAAGAUACAGAGGACAUUAAAUGCUAAAUCUUUGUUUUCUAUGAUGAACAGAUUGGAAUCUUUAUCCAGACAAAAAGGGCUUAACUCUCAUGUUAGCCCCAGUGGGACUACCUGCUACAUAACAUCAGACAUGUUUUAUAUUGAAGUGCAACUGGAGAAGGAUGGAAACGUGAUAGAUGCAAAGUUGGCUCACCUUGGAGAGGCUCCCGUGAUUUGUGAUGACUUGGUGGAGCAUCUAAGGAUGAAGAACUAUGAUGCUGUUGGAAAGAUUCUAGAAAACCUGUCAAAUCUGUAUCAAAUUCCAGGAAACAGUGAAAUGAAGGCUAAGGGAUACCUUGCGUUGCAGUCCCUUGAAAAGGAUCUUUAUUCAAUGUCUCUUCUAGACAGAACGCAGGAUGUAAACAGAGUUACUGAAGUACUUCAUGGAAAAGUAGGACACCUGGUGCCAAGAACCGGAGGAACUCCUACGAACAUUGAAUUUUACAUUUCUCCGUAUCAAAUUCUGGAAGCAGAGCUCAAUCCUGGUUCCCAGGUAUGUGGAGCAAAAAUAGAUGUAACUGUUGAGGGCACGGAUAUGCUUCACAAACUUCCUCUUUCUCCACUGCUAGAUUCUCAACCUGGAGAAGAUGGCAACCCUGCUUUUUUGCCACUGACUGAUGAACUCAGCAUGGAUUUGUCUGCUUAUUUUUUGUUGAAGUUUCACCAGCCUUUUCCUAUGUCCUCAUCCAGCAUUGAAGAGAUACAGAGACUCACAGGAAUUCAGAUUACUGGCUUGAAACUAGCUCCUCUAUACGAGUUGAUUGUUCAGUCUACCCUUAAGGAAAAAGGCAGCGAAGACUUGUUUACACACAAAUCCCGUUUCUUUGUGUCUCUUCCAGAUAGCCCAAAGCACUGUUACUUCAUAAACACAGGCUCAGCAAAAUCAGACUUGGCAGGAGCCUUGGUCAGUAAAAUCCCAUUUACCCACCCAAAGUGCGUGCCUGAUGUAAUAGAGAUUCUUCGACAUCAAAUGGCAUACAACAGCCUUAUUAGCAGCUGUGUCUCUGAGAAGCAUACAAACGAAGAUGAUUCAGAACUGCUUUAUUUUGAAGUGGCACCACACAAGAACACCAGCUUUUCUGUCUUCUUCCUUCAUCCUAUGAAAGAGAAUUUAGCCUGUGUGAUAAUCGAUGUUGUAACCUCCAGAGAAGUCCAAUGUAGCCUUCAUUUAAAUCCUCGAGAUCCAACUCUGAAUUCUAGUGAUGGCUUUAUAUCAAGAGCUGUGAAGCGAUGCAUGUCAGUCCCAGUUGUCAUGAGAGCUAUUUUCAGGAAUGCUGCCAAGGUGGAAGCUGAUAGCAAAAUGCAAGUAGACACAAAACAAAAACCUGAGCCAGCAUGUGAGCAAAUUACUGAUUUAAAUAGUCUUGAGGAAAGUCCUUCUGUGGCUGGUCAUCAAGAUCUGGUAGUAACAGAUAAGCAAAGUGUUCCGGACAGCCCAAAAGAAAAUCUCUCCACAGCCAAAUCGGAAGCUUUGGGUGAUAACAUGGAAAAAAGUAACCCCACAGUCAGCAUGGAAACUUUGUGCAGAGUGGAGGAAAGUACUUCCACAGCUAUUACAGAAGCUGUUAUGAAAGAUAUGUAAAACACAUAACCUAUUGUUUAAUAAUCAAACAAGAAAGAAAUACUUUCUCAGGCAUAGAUUGCUUUUGCAGAAGUAGUUGGAAAGAACGUGGCAAGCUCAUUGUCUACUGAGUAAUUUCUAAAUGGAGUUUCCUGUUUAUAUACUAUUAACUAUAGAGAAGUAAGAGUUUUGAUUUUACACUUUUAAACUUCCAAAUUUGGAUUGUUUAAAACUUCUCUAGUAACCUUUAUUUUUUGUAUGCAUCAUAUUCUACUGUAGUAUAGAAAAAAUGUUUGAUUUGUAUAAUGCAGGCUGUAACAUGCCCUGUACAAAAUGUUUAUCAAUGUCAGCAUUGUGUUAAAUAAACGAAGAAAUCCACUAUUUCAAUAACAA